ACGGCGUUGCUUCAAGCACGCGAUCCGACGUGGCGGCGCCGAAAUCCAAUACGCAGUCGCAACUGGCGCUUGUUAUUCCUCCGCCUCCUCCGAGUGCUACACAGUAUCUCUAUCUACGCAGCAACGGUGGUUGUGGCCUUCCUCAUCUGAGUAUCACGUGCUCCGAUCGCAGCCCGCUCUGUGCACGCGCCGAUAGUGCGAACUCGUGAUAGACUCUGGAGCCGCAAUCGAGGACGCGUAUCAGGUCAUCUACGCCGGAUCGUGUUUGAACUAGGCACUGAGACCACGACGUGCGGAAGGACUGUCUCCCGGACUUGGGCGAGAACGCAGCCGACUACCGCUUGAAUGCUGUUGUAGCUGUCUGUGCUCGAGACUAGACGACAAGCUUCCGCGGCUGCUAGAGCAAUACCCCAGGACCGAAUCCUCGCUUACCAUCAGUUCACCGGCGAGGCAAGCUUUCUUCGGAUACAGAGACAAAAGGAGGCGGCGUUUCCCUCGCAGCCCGGAGCGAUGGCUUUCAUGAUGCCGGUCGUGAAACAAGACUACGACAUAUACUCCGCACCCAACAGCCGCAAGAACUCGGUGUGCAGCACGAGUCCCGGGACGAACAAGUCUCGCAGCAGCAGCCGCAACAACAGCGUCUCGUACUCGAGCUCGCCGACACAAGCCAUCAUCACGCCUGAGGAGGCACGCAAGAUCCUGAUACGAAGGCGAAGCCGCGGCAUGUCCGAGUGCCUGCCCGACCUCAGGGAGAUCGACGACAGCGAAGAACCGCGUCAUCAGCGUAGAAGGAGCAGCCUGGGAAAGCUGUCCUGGUCGUCGCUUCACGCAGCCCUGCAGAAACUGAAGCCGGCCGAGCCGAAGAGCAAGUCGCAGACGUCUGUCGAGGAACAGGAUUCGUGACAGUCGUGCAACUUGCCAGUGCAGAUUGUGGUCUAUUGUGUAAAUAGGACUUUGUACAUAGACAUUGUGUGACCGUUAACACUGUCUGGUGGCGAGCGAGUUCCAUCCAUCGCGCAUAUAUGUUUGCUCUUUACGCGCAGAGCUAUUUGUGUAACUUUAUUGUUUUGUACUAUAAGGCAAUAUGUCUGCCAGUACCACGCCAUGACAUUUUUCAUAGAGGCAGCUCACGCGAAUGUCCGUAUAUACCAUUGGUAAUUCCAUAGAGAGAUCUGAAAGAUGCUUAUGCUGCUUCUUUUGUAAAUAAUGUUGCGGAACAAUUUUUCAUCACGUUGUAUAACAUUGCAUGAUUGAAGCCAUAUACAUACGGUGUUAUACUUCGUCGUUUUAUUUGCCCACAUCCGGCCAAAACCGCAGUGCAAUUAUUUCAACUUAUCAUAACAUUCUUAUCAUGCAUUACCAUAUUAUUCGUCAACGUAUUAUGUAACCUCUAUUCUUGGUAUAGUUUCUUACUUUGUGCUCAACCAGGAGCAAGAAAAUCGCACGACUAGAUAACCAAAGUUUCGAAUGCGUUUCGUUUUAGGCCGACUUUGUAGAGGUCAUUUUUUCCAACGUGUUGCUUUCCAUAGAAUCUUGCUUUUCCUUUCCUUGUGUUUGUGUCUGUUGUAUCAUCUUGUGCAAGACCAAAGUUGCAAGCCUUAAUAUCUUUCUGUCAAAGCAUGAAAUCGUACUCUGAUUUGCGGCCGUGAAAUAAAAAUAUGACAGCAAUGA